AUGAACCCGUCCGAUCCUAGUUUCACCGUCCCCCAGGAGCUGAUGCCCCAUGUCCAUCUCGUGUCUUCCCGUCGCUACCCUCAUAUCCCCCACGUCGGCAUCAACGAGGUUGCGCAGUGGCUUCUCCAAGCACCGCUGAUUGCGAGGGAUAAGGCUCCUUUCUGUUGGCAAAUGCUCGACAAGCCCGCCGAUGGCACAAUCCUCAUGACGUGGCAGCCCCUGCAGCGCCUGGCCACUAACUUUGCCACGGACGGAUACGUCUGGGCGCCUCCGGAGCAGCUGUACAAACACGACCUGGGCAAUGGGCUGAUUCUCGAGAUCUACUACCUGAAGGCUGGAUACGGCCCGCCACAGGAGCAGUACACGGCUCACGCCCGCCGCCGCUUCCGCCUGGUCCCCGCAUCCGGCCACCCGAACGCGCCGCAGCCUGACCCCAACCUGUUCAUCGUGCACUGGGGUCCUUCCGACCCCAACGACACCAUGCCCGUCACCAUGGUUCCGUGGGACCAGCGCACGAGCGCCACGAUGCAGCAGCGCCAGCACCUCCUCAAGGCUGGCCAGAUCCGCCGCAAGGAGUUCAUGCUGUCUGACAGGGCUAACUGGCCGUCGCUGCCCGAGCUCACGGGACGCCCCGUCGACCCACAGAUGGCCGCACGGGGCGUGCCCCAACACGUCGCAUACCCCCCCACGCAGGCUGUGGCCGGCCCCCCCGCCAAGCGCGCCCGGCACGCCCCGGCCGCGUCGCAGCACGUGGUGCCGUCCACCGCCCCAGUGCCCACCGCCGUGGUGGCACCGCCGCCUCUGGACCCGGCCCUUGACGACGACGAAGACACGUCGCGCGGCGACAUGUUCGACCACCUCACUCCCCGGGAAAUCUCGCUCGCGCGCUACCAGCAGAAUCACGAGUGGAUGGAAGAGAUCCUCUCGUCUCCCUACCGCAUCAACCAGAUCACGCCCGCCGACCUCAAUUUGGGACUCAUGGGCAGCCUCGCCUCGCUGACCGAGGGCAUCUUCGCCGCGCAGGGUGCCGACGCCUACAUCAGGGGCCCCGACGAGUCCAAGGCGUACGUCGGCAGGCAGGACCCCGCCAAGGCCGACGACUUCCGGAAGCGUGUUGAGGAGCACAUCAAGGCCGAGAAGGCCCAGAUGGAGGAGAUGAAGAAGACGUACGAGGCCGCCAUCGCCGACAUGAAGACGGGCUCCCUCCUAAGCACCAAGGAGAAGGAGCUCAGGCUCAUCCAGGAUUCCGGGUCCGAGCUAUGGAAGCCGCACGGUGGCGGCGAGAUUCGCGACGGGGGCCUCAAGAAAACGGUUGACGAGAUCAUCCAGGAGAUCGAGUCGUCGACAGGUCGCAGGAUUGAGGACAAGCCCAGCGUCAAGUGCGUCGAAAAGGGCGGCUACACCGCGCCUCCGGCCCCAUCACCUUCCCCCCCCGCCACCUCGGUCGCGGCCACGGCCACUACCCAGCAACAGCAGCAGCAGCAGCAGCAGCAGCAGCAGGCCACCGAUGAGAUGUCACGUCAGCCAUCGCAGGCCGGGUCGCAGAACAGCGCGGCACUUCUGGGUGGCGAAUCCGACGUCGACAUGGGCGGCACGGCUGCCGGCCUCCUCGAUCAGAUGGGCACUGGCUCGGCCCACUCCACCCCAGCCCAACAGUCGGGCGGCCAGUCCGGCACACAUACGCCUCAAAAUGCUCCCUCUGCUGGUGCUGCCAGCGUCCCAGGGGCCACGCCAGCUGCCACAGUUCAGCCCGUCCCUGCCACCGCCGUCGCCGCUUCGUCGGGUGAAGGAGAUGUUACCAUGGGAGGCACAGACACCGCACCCAAGGACCAGCAGCAACAGCAGAUAACAGCUCCCGACCAGGGGACGGGCAGUGGAGACUGGGUUAUGGUCCCCAAGAACACACCGUCGCAAGAAGCCGGGGCCUCCACCACGACAGCGCCAGCGCCAGCGCCAGCGCCGGCAACGGCAGCGGCAACGGCAGCAGCAACACCUGCCCCAGGAACGCCUGCUGCAGCGCCGGCAUCCUCGGCCGGCGACGAAAACACACCCAAGCCCGCGGUGGCUCCCGCUACAGCCCCGUCUGCUAAGGCCUCGUCGGCUGUGGGGACGCCGGCCACGGGUGGCUUCGACCAGAACGACUUCAGCUCCCUGGGUGACCUCGACUCGGCCGGCGACGCCCUCGCGGGAUACGACGCCCCCGCACUCGACGGGGCCGCUGGCGAGCUGGGCGAGGGACUGGAUCUACAGAUGGAUAUGGAAGACUCGGCGUUUGGCGAUGCGUUUCACGGCGUAGACUCGUCUGAGACUCCCGGGCAGGAUAUGUAG